AUGAAGCCAGUUAAGAAAUUCUCUUUAAGAAGCCACGACAGUUCAAUUACCGCAUUAUUGCCGGUAGAAAAUCAGGUGAUUAGCGGAGAUUCCCAGGGAGACUUGGUUUGGUGGGAUCUAGUCAAGAAGAGACCAAUCAAGAAAUGGAAAGCCCAUCGGGGUUCGAUAAUAACGUUGAAAAAACUAUACAAUGGAUUAAUACUAAGUCAUGCCAAAGACCACAGUUUGAAAUUAUGGGAUUUGACAAACGUGGAGUCGUGCUAUGCUGAAGUGCCAAUCAAUACGUUGAACUUCUGUAAUAUCGAUGUAAUCGAAGGCUAUUUAUUGUGUCCAAGUACUAUUGAUUCAGAGAAAUUUGACUUAUAUUCAUUAUUUGAAUCAGAAAAAUUUGAAUUGAAAAGAUUGCUUCAUAAUGUCGAUCCUUAUCAACUCUACAAGGAUAAAGAAGAUAUCGAUGAUGAAGUUAACCACUUGAAAAGGGGUAAGUUUGGCUCGAUGAUGAAGGUAAUGUUUACUUCAAAUAACCAAUUUAUAAUUGGUUAUGAAUCGGGUGCUUUAAUUACUUUUAACUUGGUAUUACCCCUGGUCAAAGUAACCGACACACAAACUAGAAUAAACAAAGAUUGUAAAGUUACUGUUGAUGAGAUUAAUCAAUAUCAUCAACCAAACCCAAUUCUUUCUUUAACUUAUAAUAGCCAAUUGAUUUCAGGAUCAACGGGGAAAUCAAUCUUCUUCCAUACCGAUUGCAAAACAAUACCUUCAAACCAUUACGGUAUACAACAACUAGUCACUUAUGACCAGUUGUUAAUUGGGUUAUUCUGGGAUGGGGUUAUUAAGAUUUAUGACUUGACGACAAAAUUCGAAUUAUGGAAAUACUAUAGAAAGACUGAACGAAUAUCUAAAAAUGAAGAUAAU